CCUCCACGAAGUCCUCUCCUGGGUGCUGGAAGUCCCCGACGACGCCGAGGCAGGGGAGGCGAGGGUCACCUGGCUCCUGCGGUACCACAUGGACGCGCACCACCACGAGACCUUCUCCGUGCAGGACAACAGGAAGAUGACGACUCGCCUGGCCAUCCUCAAGGACGAGAUACAGGCCGUGCUGCCCAUAGCCAAGGUCUCCGCCUCCUGCACCUCGGUCUACAUGGACGGCUCGGAGGUGCGCGGGAGCCACAACGCGACGGUCAUCGCCCGAUACGGCGAGAGACCCGGCGUCGCCUCCUUCACCGUGUGGAUGCCCGAGCUGCCCCUCACCGUGCACGUCGGGGACACCAAGCUCUCGCAGGUGAGGGGGUGGCGCGCCCCCGACCCCGCCUCCCCCGGGGCCUUCGCGCUCAAGAUGCCCGCCGGAGGAGGAGCUGCCAGCGACGAGGACCUCGCCCUGGCGCCGCAGGAGGACCCCGCCGCGCCGCCCGCGUCCGCGUCCUCGUACUCGGGGGCGUGCUCCGUGCGCUACCAGCAGACGCCCGUGCAGGUCUACGGGCGGUUCGUGGCCGUCGACGACAACAGCGGCCGCCACAGCUACCUGUUGUCCCGGCGAGCUCAGGUGCGCGUGACGGAGCUCGUGGCUCACCUGUUACGAGUCGCCGACACGUCCGUCGCCAUCCUCAACCACACGACCCUCAUGGGCCGCUCGCCGGGCCGCACGGAGGUCCAGGUCUCUCCCCAUCAGUGGGCGUGUCAUCGGAACCCGGGAAGUGCGGGUGGGGUCUGACAAGGUGUGGGUGACCAAAUUGCGGGCGGCUGUCAUCUCUGGCCUGACCUUGUCCCUGCAACCUGACCUGACGCCCACUUGCCGGAUGGAUACUCGGCUAUAACAGCUGUCACGCCGUGCUCACCGCCAAGU